CCAUGAAAACUAUGAUAAAUGGUAUAGCGGACCUGCUAGAUCACUUGAUAGUCCAGCCAUCAAGCUGAAGGUUACACAAAUGUUUAAGAACUCUACAGAUCUCUCACAGUUAUUCGCAGAUUCUCCAGCUCCCAGGAGGAUUGCAGAUGCGGUCAGAUCUAAGAUAGAGAAGUUCAAUGUUCAUCUUUUUGUUCUGGAGACAAUUUGUAAUCCUGGUUUAAGAGAGAGGCAUUGGGAGCAGAUGGGACAAGAACUGGGUUUCCAGGUUAAGCACGGUGCAGAUAUCACUCUCUCAAACAUGAUUGACGCUGGUAUUCACAAGCUGGGAGAAAGGUUGCAGGAUAUCUCUAACUCUGCCAGCAAGGAGUUCUCCCUGGAGAAAGCAAUGGCUAAGAUGAAGGGAGAAUGGGAGAAUGUUAGGUUUCAGUGUCAGGCCUACAGAGAGUCCGGGGUAUCCAUACUUGCAGGAGUAGAUGAUAUCCAGGUGAUGCUGGAUGAUCAUAUACUGAAGUAUAAUGAUAUUCUGGAUGCGUGGUUGAGGUGCCAGGAGUCUUGGUUGUAUUUAGAACCUAUUUUUAACAGUGAAGACAUUAUGAAACAAAUGCCAGUUGAGGGAAGAAAGUUCAACAAGGUGGACAGAAUAUGGAGGAAUAUAAUGGCUAAAACUGUGUCUGAUACAAGAGUUGUUCUGGCAACCAGUCAACAGAAUAUGUUGGUGAAUCUACAAGAAGCCAACACUCUCCUGGAUCAAAUAAUGAAGGGUCUAAAUGAUUAUCUCGAGAAGAAAAGAUUAUUCUUUCCUCGAUUCUUCUUUCUCUCCAAUGACGAACUUCUCGAGAUUCUGAGUGAAACGAAAGAUCCCUUGCGAGUACAGCCUCAUGUCAGAAAGUGCUUUGAAGGUAUUGAUCAUCUGGAGUUUGUUGAAGAUGCUCUGGGCCAUCAGAAUAUCAAGGCUAUGGUCUCAUCCUUGGAUGAAUCAGUUGCUUUCUCCAAUAUCAUUCAUCCACAGGAUGCUAAGGGAAUGGUUGAAAAGUGGCUUCUACAGGUAAACUCUACAAUGCCUAACUCUGCUCAUGGUUCAUCUUUAAGACUGUCUGGAGAUUUGAACAAGUUGGCAGGUAAAUAUUCAGAACAGCUGGCGGCCAUUGUGGAGACAGUGAAGCGAGGCCUUUCUCCAAAAGCCAGGAAGACUCUUGAAACCUUGAUUACUAUUGAUGUACACGCUAAGGAUAUUAUUGAUAGUCUAGCAAAGGAGAAUGUUACAUCAGUCUCAGCUUUCUCUUGGAGUAGUCAGAUGAGAUACUACCUGGAGAACAAGAGUGUAAAAUUGAAGAUGAUAAAUACAGAUCUAGAGUAUGGUUUUGAGUAUCUAGGAAACUCAAGUAGACUUGUUAUAACUCCACUUACUGACAGGUGUUUCCGAACAUUAAUGAGUGCACUAGAGUUAAAUCUUGGAGGAGCUCCAGAAGGUGCUGCUGGUACUGGGAAGACUGAGACGUGUAAAGAUCUGGCUAAGGCUGCAGGAAGGCAGUGUAUUGUGUUUAACUGUUCUGAUGGACUCGACUGCUCGGCUAUGGCAAAGUUUUUUAAAGGACUAGCGCAGUCUGGAUCCUGGGCAUGCUUUGACGAGUUUAAUAGGAUUGAUCUGGGAGUAUUAUCUGUAGUUGCUCAGCAAAUACUAACUAUCCAACAAGCUAAAGCAAGUCUAACUAAACAAUUCCAGUUUGAAGGAGUUGAUUUACUAUUAAAUCCGUCCUGUUCUAUUUUUAUCACAAUGAAUACCACAAAUCCAUAUGAAAACAGACAGAGUUUACCAGACAAUCUGAAACUAUUAUUCCGACCGGUUGCUAUGACAACUCCGCAAUUCGCCCUCAUAGCAGAGGUUUUCCUAUAUUCUGUUGGAUUCUUUGAAGCGAGGGUUCUUGCAAGAAAAAUAGUUGAAAGUUACAGACUUUGUUCCCUGUCUCUCUCCUCCCUGGCCCACUAUGAUUAUGGAAUGCGAGCUGUCAAAGCGGUACUUGAUGCUGCUCACAAGAUUAAACUGUUAGCUGCUGAAGAUGAUGAACAUGCAAUAAUACUCAAGGCUCUGAUGGACGUUAAUAUACCAAAGUUCUCUUCAUCAGAUGUACCGCUAUUUAAGGAUAUAAUGAGAGACCUAUUCCCUGGAACACGAGUACCUAGCUUAGAGAGAGAAUACUUUAUUCAGACUUUAAAGGAAGUGUGUAUGAAGCGUGGACUCCAACCAACUGAAUGGAUGAUUGGGAAAAUUCUUCAAAUCUAUGAUAUGCUAAUUGUCAGAAAUAAAAAUGACGCCAAGACGUAUGCUGUUCUAGCAGAAACUAUGUCAGGAAUUGCUGAGAAAGCUAUUCCAGCCCAACAUGAAUUCAAGGUUCAGUAUUCAAUAAUCAACCCUAAAUCUAUUACCUUGAACCAACUUUACGGAUGUUUUGAUCCUCUUACUCAUGAAUGUAAAGAUAUUCAGUGUAACCUAAACACUGUACUGGAUGACAGUAAGAAACUGUGUUUAAUGAGUGGAGAAAUUGUUUAUCUCUCUUCAUGGAUGAGAAUUAUAUUUGAGGUUUCACAUCUUAACUUUGCUACACCAGCCACUGUAUCCAGGUGUGGGAUGAUAUACAUGGAAUCCUCUCAUCUGGGCUGGAGACCACUCAAGGAAUCCUUCUUGUUAACCUUACCUGCCGCCUUUACUCAAGAACAGAUAUGUUUGGUUCGAGAUAUGUUUGAUUGGCUGAUUCCUGGUUCCCUACCCUUGAUUAAACAAUCCAGUCUAAAUGUCAAAUACAGUGAGAUGCAUCUAGUCCAGGCAUUUAUUCGACUUUUCUCUGCUCUUAUGAAGUUUAAUACACUUAGGGAAGGGAAGGAGAAAGUAGAUUCUACUUUCCUUCAAAUGUCUUUUCUGUUCUCCGUGAUCUGGGGACUGUGUUCUACCCUAACCGCAGAGUCAAGGAAGAAAUUUAAUCUACACUUUAGGAACCUAGUCGAGGGAAUGGUAAAAGGGUUUGCCAAGCCAUCAACUUUUAGACUUGCCAGAUCUAACCUUAUACCAGAACAGGGAUCUGUGUUUGACUAUAUGUUGGUUGAGAGCGUAGAUCAACCCUGGUGUUUGUGGCAGGACAAGGCACUGUCUGGAAAAUUACCCAUGAUGAACAGUAAUGACAAUAUAAUUGUUUCUACCUCUGAAACUCUAAAACAGGAGUUCUUUACAAUGCUGGCUCUAAACAACCUCUACCCUCUCUGCUUAGUUGGACCGAGUGGGACUGGAAAAACAUUUCUAACUGUUGAUCUAAUGAUGAAACUAUCCACGGAUAAAUAUAUAACCAACACUAUCAACUUCUCAGCGAGGACAAGUGAAAACUAUACUCAAGGCAAUGGGCAAUGGAUUGAUCAUGGAUACUGGUAUGAUAAGAAGGACAGUUCAAGGUUGGAACUGUUCGAUGUGUUGCUCCUGAGUGCAAUGUCUCCUCCUGGAACUGGCAGGAACGAUGUUGAUUUGAGAUUUCUCAGACAUUCCAAUAUUCACUCGGUGGACCCUUUUGAAGAUCAAACAAUUUCAAAAAUCUUUUCAACUGAAAUUUCCUGGCAUUUUAAGGAAUUUGAUUCAGUUAUCAGUGAGAUGGGUGAACCUCUUGUAGAAUCUACUCUAAACCUUUAUAAAUCUGUUCUCACUACAUUCCUUCCUACUCCUCAGAAAUGCCAUUAUAUGUUUAAUCUCAGGGAUUUUGCUAAAGUUAUCAAAGGUGUAAAACUGAUCCCUGGAACACACCUCAGAGAUCCUAAUAAAUUAGUCAGACUAUGGUGUCAUGAAGUGUAUCGUGUGUUCUAUGAUAGGCUAGUUGAUGAAUCUGACAAGAACAAACUCUUUAAUAUUCUCAAAACUAACUGUCAAAAGAGCUUUAAGGUUGAUCUGAGUAAAAUCCUGUUUCCUCAUAUGUUGGAGGGAUCAUCUGUAGUACACGAUGAACAUCUUAGGAAUAUAUUCUUCGGAGACUUCAUGCACCUUGAUACAGAUAACAAGGUUUACGAUGAAAUCCCUGAUGCAAAACUUCUAACACAGACAAUGGAGCACUAUCUUAAGGAAUACAAUGGAGUAUCAAAGGCUCCAAUGCCCCUGGUUAUGUUCAGGUUCGCUGUAGAGCAUGCGGCCAGAAUAAUAAGAAUCAUCAAACAAGGAGGGGGGCAUGCUCUUUUAGUUGGUGUAGGAGGGUCAGGCCGCCAAUCUUUAACCAAGCUUGCAACAUUUAUCGCAAAUUAUGAACUUUUCCAAAUCGAGGUGAACAAGUCCUACAGUUUAAACGACUGGAAAAAUGAUCUGAAAAAAGUUCUAAAAAGAUCAGGAGCAGAUGGGAAGCAGAUUGUUUUCUUGUUUACAGAUCUCCAGAUCAAGGAUGAAACAUUCCUAGAGGAUAUCAGUAUGAUACUUACUACUGGAGAAGUACCAAACCUGUUUGCUGCAGACGAGAAGGCAAAUAUUCUAGAACGGGUUCAACUCCGGGCUCAGGAGGAAAAUAAGGAUAUUGGAGAAACCUCGUUUAACAACCUUUACAAUAUAUUCCUAAAUAACGUGAAGAAUAAUCUUCAUGUUGUCCUGGCUAUGUCUCCACUUGGACCUUCAUUCAGGAACAGGUUGAGAAUGUUUCCAAGUUUAGUAAACUCCUGUAAUAUCAACUGGUUUACUGAAUGGCCUGAAGAUGCAUUAGAAAAGGUUGCAAAUAAUUUCUUAGAAGAAAUGGACAUGACAGAUGAUAUUCGUAAACGGUGUGUCAUGAUGUGCAACUAUUUUCAUCAUGGAGUAAAGAAAAUGUCUACUCGUUUUAAACAAGAGACUGGGAGGUAUAAUUAUGUAACUCCAACAUCCUACUUGGAGCUUAUUUUAACCUUCAAGACCUUGUUAAAAGGGAAGAAGGAUGCAAUAUUAAACCUAAAGACAAGAUAUGAGAUGGGUUUAGGCAAACUAGAGUUUGCUUCCUCGCAAGUGUCUGUUAUGCAGAAUCAGCUAACAGACCUUCGUCCGCAGUUGCUAGAAACUUCUGAUGAAACUGAGAAAUUGAUGAUAAAGAUUGAACAAGAUACAAUUCAGGUGGAAGCAAAGAAGGAAAUUGUUGCGUGUGAUGAAGCUUUGGCAAAUGAAGCUGCUGCAGCUGCUCAAGCAAUCAGGGAUGACUGUGAGAAUGAUCUAGCUGAAGCUAUCCCUGCCCUGCAGUCGGCUGUAAACUCUCUGAAUACUCUUAAACCAAGUGAUAUUACAGUUGUCAAGUCUAUGAAGAAUCCAGCACCUAUUGUCAAGUUUGUUAUAGAGUCAGUUCCAAUAUGUAUUCACAAUCUUAGGCAGGGUAAACUAGUAGACGAUUACUGGUCCCCAGGGCAACAGAUGCUUGGAGAUAUCAAGUUUUUAGAAACUUUGAAAACUUAUGAUAAAGAUAAUAUUCCGCCUGCUAUCAUGAAGAAAAUCCGGGAAACCUAUGUUACAAAUCCAUACUUUGAUCCAAACCUUGUCAAGAAAGUGUCAACAGCUUGUGAAGGCCUAUGCAAAUGGGUUCGAGCGAUUGAAGUGUAUGACCGUGUUAUCAAAAUAGUUGCUCCAAAGAAGGCGAAGUUGUCAGAAGCUGAAACUGAGCUGGCGAACCAGAUGGACAAACUCAACGAGAAACGAGCUCAGCUUCAGCAAGUCACUGAUAAACUCCAAGCUCUCAAUGACGAGUUUGCUGCAAUGACGAAGAAGAAGAAAGAUCUUGAGGACAAUAUAGAACUAUGCAGCCAGAAGUUAGAUCGAGCAGAGAAGUUGAUUCAUGGAUUGGGAGGAGAGAGAGCUCGAUGGGGAGAAAUGGCGCAAAUGCUUAAAGGAAAAUGUCUGUGUUAUAGAAAAGAGAUAAUAUCUGACUGGCAAACACUGUGUAAAGAACAGAAGAUUCUUUGCUCACAGGAGUUCAGUUUAACAAGUAUACUUGGAGAUCAGGUUUUGAUCAGACAAUGGCAGAUUGCUGGCCUACCAAAGGAUUAUUUCUCUGUAGAUAACGGAAUAAUUGUCUCAAAUGCCAGACGUUGGUCCUUGAUGAUUGAUCCACAAGGCCAGGCAUCAAAAUGGAUAAAAAAUAUGGAGAAAUCUAACUCCCUUGUGAUAAUCAAGUAUUCCGAUCCUAAAUAUCUGGCCGGUAUACAGACUGCUGUGGAACAAGGAAACCCCUGUCUUCUAGAGAAUGUAGGAGAGAGUUUAGAUCCAGGAUUAAGCUCUGUUCUAUCCCGACAAACGUUCUCUAGUGGAGGUAGUGAAUGUAUCCAGAUUGGGGAGAACAUUGUAGAAUAUAAUUCUAAAUUCAGAUUGUAUAUAACAACAGAAACUAGAAACCCAAGGUUUCCUCCCGAGAUUGCUGUUAAGGUUACGAUGAUCAACUUUAUGAUUACUCCUCAAGGAUUACAGGACCAGCUACUGGGUAUCCUGGCUGCAGAGGAGAAACCUGAGCUUGAAGAGAAGAAGAACAACUUGAUCCUGGAGGGAGCCAGCAACAACCAGCAGCUGAAGCAGAUUGAGGACAAGAUUCUUGCUGUACUCUCCAGCUCUCAGGGGAAUAUACUGGAGGAUGAGACAGCUAUACAGAUACUCUCAUCAUCUAAGGUGCUAUCAGAAGAAAUUGCUGCGAAACAGGAGAUAGCAACCAGUACAGAGGAGGAGAUUGAUAAGACAAGGAAUGGAUACAGACCUGUAGCUGAGCACGCCUCCAUCUUGUUUUUCUGUAUUGUUGAAUUAGAGAAUAUAGAUCCUAUGUACAAGUUCUCUCUACCAUGGUUCAUCAAAAUAUACCACAGGUCUAUCUUAGACUCAAAGAAAAAUGAAAACAUACAACAACGAAUAAGUGAUCUCAAAACAAAAUUAACAGCAAAAAUGUACAAAAAACUAAGUUGGUCUGUGUUCCAAGAUCAUCUUCUCAUUUUCUCCUUCCUUCUGUGUGUUGGUAUUCAGACAAGAGAUAAGGAGGAGAACAGGAACCUUUGGUCUCUUCUUCUUACAGGUUACAUUGAAUUAGAUUAUUUAUUAUUUCUAAUUGUCAGAGCUUCAUCACUCUUCAAGUUUCAAGGUUUAAUGAACCAUGUGAGAGAGAAUAACGAAAUGUGGAAGGAAUUUUAUAAUUCAGAUUCCCCAUACCUGGCCGACCUACCGGAUGUAUAUUCCAGCCUCGAAGGUCUAGAAAAAAUUCUUCUUGUCAAAUUGUUCAGAAAAGAUAAAGUUCUCUCUGCAAUCCGCGCCUUUGUCGAGCAACACUUAGGUGUUGAGUUCACCCAAUCUCCAGAGUUUGAUAUAAAAGCUGUGUUUGAUGAUUCUAGUCCUGAUUUGCCUCUCAUCUUUGUACUCAGCUCUGGAGCAGAUCCUUUAGACCAGCUUUACAAGCUAGCAACUAAACUAGGAUAUCAGGAUAAUAUUAAGGCUCUCUCCCUGGGACAAGGUCAAGGUAGUGCAGCUGAACAGCUGAUACUAGACAGUAUAAAGAGCGGGGACUGGGUUCUACUACAGAACUGCCAUCUAGCGACAACAUGGUUACCCACGCUCUCAACACUCUGGGAGGAACUUAUUUGCAAACAGGAUCCUCAUCCAGCAUUUAGGCUUUGGUUAACUAGUUAUCCAUCUCAUCAUUUUCCUAGCUCUAUACUCCAGGCUGGUGUAAAAAUAGCUUUGGAACGGCCAUCAGGGGUAAAACAUAAUAUGGAAACAUUUUAUAAAUCCCACCUACUCCAGGAUAAAGAGUUCCAGGAUGGGAUGGAGAAUAAUAUAGUUUUUCACCGUCUUCUCUACUCUCUUUCUUUCUUCCAUGGCGUAGUCAUGGAGAGAGGAUUCUAUGGAUCUCUUGGUUGGAAUGAAAGGUAUGAGUUUUCUACAGCUGAUCUGGAAGUGAGUGCAAAACAGUUGAGAUCUCUCCUAAAAGCGGAGGUGGAUCCCCCGUAUCAGGCCCUGAAAUACCUGACUGCUGAAUGUAACUAUGGUGGUAGAAUUUUAGAUCUUCAAGACAGGAUUCUCAUCAACUCACUUCUUAACUCAUUCUAUUCAACACAGAUAGCCACCAACCACGGGUCAAGAUUGAUGACUGAUGAGUUUUGUGUUCCGACAGAUUUAAGUGUUGAGGGCUGUUUGAACCAGAUCCAUACUAUACCAGUUCCUGUUCAACCAGCAGUUUUAGGUAAUAUUAGACUAUACCAGUUCCUGUUCAACCAGCAGUUUCUUGUUAAGGUUCCUGGUUUUCUUGAUACUGAACUAGAUGAACUCUAUCCAACACAAUAUUAUCAGAGUUUAAACUCAGUUCUCAAAAUAGAAGUUGCUCGGUUUAAUUCUUUACUCAGGCUUGUGACUAUGUCUCUGGAAGAUCUUAGGUCAGCUCUGAGAGGAGAAAUUAUCAUGUCAUUGGAGAUAGAAGAUACUCUUAACAGUGUUAUCAGGAGCAGUGUUCCCUGUUCUUGGUCAAAGAUAUCCUACAAGAGUGAGUUCCCUCUGUCAGAAUAUCUAAAUAAUCUGGUUUCCAGAUUAGAUUGGAUAAAGAACUGGAUAAAAAAUGGAACUCCACAAGUUUUCUGGUUUUCAGGAUUCUACUUCCCUCAAUCCUUUCUAUCUGCAGUUCUCCAAAACUACGCUAGAGGGAAGAAUGUUCCUGUCGAAAAAACUAGAUUUCAAUUCAAGAUUCUGAAAAAAGGAGAAGAUAUAUUGGAGGGGGAGACAGGCAUCAGUGGUCUCUUCCUAGAAGGAGCUAGAUGGGACCAUGAGAAACAUGAGUUGGUUGAGAGCAAUGCUAUGGUUCGGUAUACUCAGUUACCAACUGUUAUUCUCAUCCCUACACAAUUAGAAGACGACAUUAAGAGUACACAAGUAGAAGACGACAUUAAGAUAACAGAAUACAGGUGUCCUGUGUACAUGACUGCAGGGAGACAAGGAGAGGAUAAUACUGCUGGUCACUCCUCUAAUUACAUAUUCAGCAUUAACCUUGCAACAUCUCUACCUAUCUCGCACUGGAUUAACCGGGGAGUUGCAGCUAUUUGUCAAGUUCAAACUUAACAAUAUUACCACUAGAUGGAGCUCCAGCUAUUUGUCAAGUUCAUACUUAAAAGUAUUACCACUAGAUGGAGUUGCAGCUAUUUGUCAAGUUCAAUAUUAACAAUAUUACCACUAGAUGGAGUUGCAGCUAUUUUUCAAGUUCAAACUUAAAAAUAGUGCCGCUAAAUAGAGUUGCAGCUAUUUGUCAAGUUCAAACUUAAAAAUAUUACCGCUUGAUGGAUUUGCAGCUAUUUGUCAAGUUCAGACUUAACAAUAUUACCGCUAGAUGGAGUUGCAGCUAUUUGUCAAGUUCAAAAUUGACAAUAUUACCACUAAAUGGAGUUGCAGCUAUUUGUCAAGUUCAAACUUAACAAUAUUACCGCUAGAUGGAAAUGCAGCUAUUUGUCAAGUUCAAACUUAACAAUAUUACCGCUAGAUGGAGUUGCAGCUAUUUGUCAAGUUCAAAAUUGACAAUAUUACCGCUAGAUGGAGUUGCAACUAUUCGUCAAGUUCAAACUUAACAAUAUUACCGCUAAAUGGAGUUGCAGCUAUUUGUCAAGUUCAAACUUAACAAUAUUACCGCUAAAUGGAGUUGCAGCUAUUUGUCAAGUUCAAACUUAAAAAUUUUACCGCUAGAUGGAUUUGCAGCUAUUUGUCAAGUUCAAAAUUAACAAUAUUACCACUAGAUGGAGUUGCAGCUAUUUAUCAAGUUCAAACUUUUCAUUAAGAAUGUAAUUGUUUAACAAUAUUAUUGUAGUUUUUAUAGCUUGUCAAUAUUAUUGUUAAACAGUUUUAAUUGCUUAACAAUAUUAUCAUUAGAAAGUACAUUUUCUUAAAAGGUUGCCCUUCGAUAAAUUUCAUUGUUUUACAAUAUUAUUGUUCAUCAAUUUUCAUUGCUUAACAAUUUAUUGUUAAACAGUUUUUUUUGCCUCGUUAAAUGCAGGUUUUUAAUCCUUUGCAAAAAUAUUGUAAAAUGAAUUCACUAAGUUGUAAGUGAAUAAAUUAAUGUAGUGUGUAAUUUUAAUGCUUAAGUCAAUUUAUAAAAUAUGAACACACUUUUAGAA